AUGGCCAUGCUGGGAAGGAUUGCCUCCAAUGGGAUAAAUGCUUCCGUAGGUUUUCUAAAGUCGGGCCUACCAAAAAGCUGCAGGAAAAGCCUAAUCAAUGGUCAUCGUAAUAUUCAUGCAUCCCGUUCGCUACAGUCCUAUGAAGAUGAAAAGGCCAUUUUGGAAGAGAUGGCACCUAGGUUGACCGACAGAGAUCGUCAUACCUCGAGCAUUUUGCGUAAUAUUGGUAUUUCUGCUCAUAUUGACUCUGGUAAAACAACUUUCACAGAGCGUGUACUCUUCUACACUGGUCGUAUCAAGGCUAUCCACGAAGUGCGUGGUCGUGACAACGUUGGUGCGAAGAUGGAUUCUAUGGAUUUGGAAAGAGAAAAGGGUAUCACAAUUCAAUCUGCUGCCACCUACUGUUCCUGGGACAAAGACGGCCAAAACUACCAUUUCAACUUGAUUGAUACUCCGGGCCACAUUGACUUCACUAUCGAGGUCGAGCGCGCUCUGAGGGUUUUGGAUGGUGCUGUGCUGGUGGUUUGUGCAGUUUCCGGGGUUCAGUCGCAAACUGUAACUGUCGAUCGCCAAAUGAGGAGAUAUAAUGUGCCAAGGGUUACCUUCAUCAACAAGAUGGAUCGUAUGGGUGCAAACCCUUUCAGGGCUAUUGAGCAAAUUAACAGUAAAUUAAAAACUCCUGCGGCAGCGCUUCAAGUCCCCAUUGGUGCCGAAUCUGAGCUCAAAGGUGUGGUUAACAUUAUUGAUCGCGUGGCAUUGUAUAAUGAAGGAGCUAAAGGUGAACACAUUGUGACGGGCCCUGUUCCUAAUGAACUAAAUGACUUGGUUGAAGAGAAAAGAGCCGUUCUCAUCGAGACCUUGGCCGACGUCGAUGACGAAAUUGCCGAAUUGUUUUUGGAAGAACAGGAACCUUCAGCUGAUCAAAUUAAAGGUGCUAUCCGUAGAGCUACUAUUGCUCGUAAGUUCACGCCUGUUCUCAUGGGUUCGGCUUUGGCCAAUAGAAGUGUACAGCCUGUUUUGGAUGCCAUCGUUGAUUACUUGCCUAAUCCUUCCGAGGUACUUAAUACAGCACUAGACAUCUCCCGGGGAGAAAGUAAAGUUAACCUGAUUCCGUCAGUCUCUGAGCCAUUUGUUGGUUUAGCCUUCAAACUAGAAGAAGGCAAGUAUGGUCAAUUAACUUAUAUUCGUGUCUACCAAGGGCGUAUGAGAAAGGGUGGUUACAUUACCAAUAUCAAAACUGGAAAAAAGGUUAAAGUUUCUCGUUUAGUAAGAAUGCAUUCGAAUGACAUGGAAGAUGUUGAUGAAGUUGGCUCUGGCGAAAUUUGUGCCACUUUUGGUAUCGAUUGCGCCUCCGGUGAUACUUUUACCGAUGGAUCCUUGGAAUAUUCCAUGUCUUCCAUGUACGUUCCUGAUGCUGUCAUUUCACUUUCAAUCACACCAAAUUCAAGAGACUCAGCAAAUUUCUCGAAAGCUCUUAAUCGCUUUCAAAAAGAAGAUCCAACGUUCCGCGUACGAUUUGAUCCCGAGUCUAAGGAGACCGUCAUUUCAGGAAUGGGUGAAUUGCAUUUAGAGAUUUACGUUGAAAGAAUGAGACGUGAAUAUAACGUAGAGUGUACCACUGGUAAGCCUCAAGUUUCGUAUAGGGAGUCGAUCACGAUACCUGCAGAAUUUGACUACACUCACAAAAAGCAAUCCGGUGGUGCUGGUCAAUACGGUAGGGUCAUGGGUUCUUUGAGCCCGCUUGAAGGUUCUAAUGGCAAUAAAUUCGAGACCGCCAUUGUCGGUGGCCGUAUCCCAGAUAAGUACUUAGCUGCAUGUGGUAAGGGAUUCGAAGAAGCUUGCGAAAAGGGACCAUUAAUUGGCCACAGGGUUUUAUCUGCUCAUAUGUUGAUCAAUGAUGGUGCUAUCCACGCCGUUGACUCUAAUGAAUUGGCCUUCAAGACCGCUACCAUGGCCGCUUUUAAGCAGGCAUUUAUGGAAGCAAGACCUGUGAUUUUGGAACCAGUUAUGGCUGUCACGGUAACGGCCCCCAAUGAAUUUCAAGGAAAUGUGAUCAGUUUGCUCAACAAAUUACAAGCUGUCAUUCAAGACACUGAAAAUGGUCAAGAUGAAUUCACAAUCAGUUCCGAAUGUUCGUUGAAUACGCUUUUCGGAUUUGCGACUUCGCUGAGGUCGUCCACACAAGGUAAGGGUGAAUUUUCUCUAGAGUUCAAGCACUAUUCUCCAACUUCUCCUCACUUGCAAAAGCAACUGAUUGCGGACUAUGAAAAGGCUCAGCAACAGCAGAAGAAGUGA